GACAGCUGCAUGCACGCGGGUGUCCACCAAAUUGUUUGUACUCACGCAAUUUCCUUUCCUCUAGUUUUAUAAUAUUACCACAGCAAACAUGUUUUUAAAUGCAUAACAAUAGACUGCAGGGAGUUUCACAAAUUAAUAACUAGUUUGUAUGUAUUAUUGAAAUAGUAGCGCAAGUGUCUGUGUUCUGAAAGCUCUUUCGGUCUGUGGCACUGGAAGUACGACAGUGUUUUAGUUUCCCAUCUCGACCGCAGGAGCUGUUUGCAGCUAACCUCCCGACCAGCCAGCAAGAAGCGGACUGAUACGACAGACAUCUACACUGGCUCUAAUUAGAAACCGACUCCAUGGUACACACGACCUCCAACAUGGACGCUAAAUGUCUAAAUAUGACCUAAGCAGGAUGAUAUCCAAAGUGAGCAAUCGGAACUGCCAGCAAGGAUUACAAGAAGUUGGCAGACAGGCGGCAUGACGGAGGAGAAAUGCCCCCAGCUAGUGGACUACUUUGUGGUGGCAGGGCUGGCUCCGGGGGGCUCGGCCCCACUGGACGAAGAGGGCCAGCAGAGAGGGGGCCGGGUGGUGGAGCCGGUCAUAGACCUGGCGGUGAUCGCCCGGGGCUUGGGGGAGGAGGUGCCCGAGGGCUUCACCUGCAUCGAGAAGACCCAGGGGGGCCACCCGGCCGGGCUGAGCGCCGGACUCAUCAACAACCCCCACAUGUACCUGUGUUACCGCCGUGGGCAUGACAAGCCACCCAUCCUCGACCUCGGGGUGCUGUACGAGGGCAAAGAGGUGGUGAAGCAGGGCUGGAAUGUGAUCGAGACCACCCCCUACAGCCGCUCAGCCAGCCUGAGCUCCGGGGGGCCUGCCACCCACCGCACCUUCCUGACCUACCGCCGGGCCCCAGAGUCCCAGGCCCUCCACACCCUGGGGGUCACAGACAUCUCCCUCCUGCUGCCCAGCAAGGGGGAGGUGGCCCCCCACACCUUCUGCCGGGUGGAGAAGAACCUCAACACUGGCAUAUGGGGUCCAGCCUUAUACCUGUGCUACAAGAGAGCUGUAGCCAAAGCCAACGCCCUAGUCUAUGAAGCAGGUCUGAUCAGUCGGUAUCCUGAAGCGGACGUGGAGUCGUUCCCCCUGCCAGAGUCUGUGCCUAUGUUCUGUCUGCCCAUGGGUGUGACGGUGGAGAGCUGGCCCCUCAACACCAAGUACCAGCUCCCUGUCUUCUCUACCUUCGUCCUCACCAGCGCCUGUGGCGACAAGGUUUACGGUGCUGCCAUCCAGUUCUACGAGGCGUUCCCACGGGAGUGCCUCUCGGAGCGGCAGAGCGUCCGUCUGGGCCUGGUGAGCGUGGUGGACCGGCGGCCUAUCACCAACCGCACCCUGCAAGUGAAGAAGAGUGUGUGUGUUCUCUCCCACUGGCCCUUCUUCACCGUCUUCCAGAAGUUCCUCACCUUCGUCUACCGAUACUCCAUCUCCGGACCCCACGUGCUGCCACUUGAGAAGCACAUCUCCAGCUUCAUGCACAACGUCCCGUUCCCCUCCCCUCAGCGACCUCGCAUCCUAGUGCAGCUCUCCCCCUAUGAUAACCUUCUCCUCUGUCAGCCUGUCUCCUCCCCCUUACUACUCAGUGGUGCCAGCUUUGUGAAGCUGCUGCAGAACCUGGGCCCUGAGAACGCCUGUGUCCUGCUGCUGGCUGUGCUGACGGAGCACAAACUACUGCUACACUCCCUCCGCCCCGACGUUCUCACCUCCGUCAGCGAGGCCCUGGUAUCUAUGACGUUCCCUCUGCGUUGGCACUGCCCGUACAUCCCCCUGUGCCCGCUGCGGCUGGCAGACGUACUGUGUGCCCCCAUGCCCUUCAUUGUGGGCGUCCACUCCAGCUACUUUGACCUCUAUGACCCCCCUACUGACGUGGUGUGUGUUGACCUGGACACCAACACUAUCUUUCAAGCAGAGGACAAGAAGCCGUUGUCAUGGCGAUCACUACCAAGGAAGCAAGGCAAGAUGCUGGUGAAUACCCUCACCAACUUGAUGAAGACACUGGAGAAAAUCUAUACCACCGGCCAAGAGGAGGCCACUCUGGAGUUCCUGCUGACAGACUAUGACUUGAUCUACGGGCGUCAGAAGCAGCUGGAGCUGGAGAUCCAGGAGGCCUUCCUGCGUUUCAUGAGCUGCCUGCUCAGGGGCUACCGUGCCUACCUGUUGCCCAUCACCCAGGCCCCCUCAGACAGGACUACCGACUGCAGCUCCCUCUUCAACCUGCAGGGCUUCCUGAAGUCUCGUGAACGCACCCACCAGAAGUUCUACACCCAGCUGACCAGGACCCAGAUGUUCACUCAGUUCAUCGAGGAGUGCUCAUUCGUCAGUGACCGCCACGCCUGUCUGGAGUUCUUCGACGAGUGUGUCCAGAAGCAGUCGGAUGUGGAGAAGCCUGAGGAGGUGCGUCUGAUAGACCUGGAUGAGGCCCACAGUGGGGAGCACACGGUCUUCAUCAUGCCCCCAGAGGAACCCCAGGAGCCAGACGGUUCAGAGUGCCCCACUCACUACAGCUAUGAGACAUUCCCUGUGCUCUGCAUGGAUCUUUUUGACCGGCCUCAGGACCAGCUACGUGUCCCUACCAAGGGGAGUGCCCCGAGCAGCCCUGCCCCGCGACGGACUAAACAGGAGAUUAAGCUGGCACAGAAGCGGGCACAGAUAUACUCGGCAGUGCCCGACAUGUGGUCCAAAUGCCUGCUGGGCCACUGCUAUGGGCUGUGGUUCAUAUACCUGCCCACCUUUGUGCGGGCGGAGAGUGCCAAGGUGCGUGCCUUGCAAACGGCAUACGAGGUGCUCAAGCACAUGGAGACCAGGAAGGUGGUACUACCAGAUGAGGUGUGUUACAGGAUCCUGAUGCAGCUGUGUGGACAGUACGGGCAGCCUGUGCUCGCUGUUAGGGUACUUCUGGAGAUGAAGAAAGCUGGGAUCACACCCAACACCAUCACCUAUGCAUACUACAACAAGGCAGUGCUGGAGAGCAAGUGGCCCUCCACCAAUCAAGGUGGCCGUCUGCGCUGGGCCAAGUUGCGCAACGUUCUGAUGGCCGUGGCGCAGUUCAGACAGCCAAUCAAACAACGGCUGAAGAGUGGUUCAGUACGCUCGCGGACAGAUACAAUGGACAGUAACCAACGGUCCCGCCCACAAUCUAACCUGAUUCGUCAGUCCAGCUGGAGCGGCCUGAGUGAAAGCUCCAGCCACGAAUCGCUGACGGGGUCUAUGGUGAAGAGCAACAGCCUGAACAGCAUGAGAGGCUCAACAGACAAAUCUAAGCUCUCAAUGAAAGCGGUGCUCGGGAACCCAGGUGCCAAUGGCUGCAGCAAUCCUGCCUCCCGUAAACCCCCCGUGGGGCCACGAGACACCACCACCCCUUCUCCCUUUCCCCCUGGUGGUGUCCUGGUGCGCCGCGACCAGGUGUGCCUGUCCACCUUCUACAAAGACUGUGCCGAGACGGCCGUCUCUGACCCCGACUGCAGCUGCCAGCCUGAGGACAGAGACGGCAGGCCACCUGGGCCUAGAGACACUGUGAGCCGCAAGGCCGUGGACGAGAACUACAAUAAUGUGUCACCGCCGAGUCGGGGAAGCCUGGCAGGGAAACUACAGCAGCUGCUCACACCUACUCGCCAUCGAGUCUCGGGGCGGCGGGCCGCAAGUGUAGACGCUCGGCGCUCGGGGGGUGAAAACGGGCCGGUGCGCAGAGUGUCGGAACAGAGGCUGUCCCGAAAAGCCCAGGUGGCUGAGAGCCUGCUGAAGGCUAAGGAGAGGCUCUACACUGCUACCUCUGAGAGUUCUCUGUCGGUGGGGAGUGACGUCGACCUUCCUGAAACCACCAAUUUGGCCUUUCCUCUCCGCAAGUCCUGGGACACCAACCAAGAGGGAGCAGGAUUAGAGGUGUCGAUGUCGAGCUGCUCCCUGUGUCGGAGCUGUAACUCCCUGGUCUAUGAUGAGGAGAUAAUGGCCGGGUGGACGUCUGACGACUCCAACCUCAACUCCAGCUGUCCCUUCUGCUCGACCACCUUCGUCCCCCUUCUCAACGCUGAGAUCUGUGACCUAGGACCCAUCAGCAGCCUGGAACGUACCAAUUGGAACAUGGACGAGGAGGUGGAAAGCGCAGCCAAGUCCCCUGGUGACCAGGAGGCCAUCCUGGGUCACAACGGUGUGAGUGAGGACUCCAGCUCUGAGACCAGCAGUUAUUCUGAGAGCAGCAGCGCUACCAUGGGAUCAUCGGUGGGCGGGUCGCCCCAGGUGACGGUGGCCUACCUGAGCCCAUUGGUGCUGCGCAAGGAGCUUGAGAGCCUGCUGGAGAACGAGGGUGAGGCGGUGCUGUCGCAGGGCCAGCUCCUGGACAGCCACUCCAUCAUCUUCUGGAACAUGGUUUGGUACUUCCAUCGCCUGGGCCUGCCCAGCAACCUGCUGCAGCUGGUUCGCUCCUCACCGUUGGCCAACCAACUAGCACAGACUUCAGAGAACUCAGCAGUGAGGGUGAGGCUGCUGUGGGACACACUGACCCCUGACACAGACUACUGGCCCCCCCUCUACAUCCUGUGGAGGAUACACAGUGGCGUACCCAUGCGGAACCACAGCUGGCGGAGGCACAACCACCCCUUCACCCUGGCCUUCCUGGAGGAAGUGCUGCGCUGGGUCGGCAUGAACGAGGUACACAAGGGAAUCACUCUCUUCCUGGAAACCAUUGCCAAGCAACCAGGCACGCCCAAGAUACAAAGGAGUCUGUACAGAGAGAUGCUCUUCCUCACGCUGGCUGCCAUGGGUAGAGAUCACGUUGCUGCGUUUGAUAAGAAAUACAAGGCUGCGUACCAACGGCUGAGUGGCUCCUUGGGCCGCGAGGAGCUCCGCAGGAAGCGAGCCCAACCACCUAGCCCCAAGGCUGUGGACUGCAGACGGAGCUUCCUUCUGCCCCUCGAGUGCUAAUACCACCUGCAGGCUCCACCCACUCCAAUCCAGAUCCGCCCCCAUCGCUGCUGCCUCCACCCACUCCAAUCCAGAUCCGCCCCCAUCGCUGCUGCCUCCGCUCCCUAGAACACUGAUACCCAGCUGCCAAGAAGAAGGGAUUGGAGAAGUUAGACCGAAAACAACAGACAGAAAAUUCUGCCUUCACUUUGGACUUCUCCGCUGUGCUGCCACCUAGCACAGCUCGGCCACACUAUAAAAGCCCCUUGACUAUGUAACCACACCUCACUAUCCUUGUUUAUGUGAACCCGAUAUCUACAUUUGACCUUCAUUAAUUUCCAUUGUGCAACUGGCCUUUGGACAGCUUCCUCAAUAACUAAACACAACCCUCUCGUCCUAUAGUUUGGCUACAGGGAUUAUUGGACCUGGUACAUACAGCCCAGCCCCCUUGGACUUUGCUCAUUGCUCGUAUAUACAUGGCCUCUGCCUCACCAAUAUAACUCAUACUGGUUUGUAGGUCAUAAACCAUGCAUUUCAUUCGUAUGCAACAUGUAAGGCAUAUUACCGACCUGCGAUCUAUGCAUUCAAUGCGAAUAUAUUCUAUAAUUUGCAUUGCUUUCAGACAGAAAAUCUAAUGAGUGGGAGAUGUCUAGUGAUCCUUGAUGUGAUGGGAAGUGUCUAUCAUCGAACUGUAACAUACAUUACAUUGCAAGGGUACAUACCAGUCACUCACAGUCACAGUCAAAACCUUUAGAUUAGAUCGCAUUUCAUGCCUCUCUUGCUCUUUUUCACCCUCUGGAAUGAAUUCUGUCAACUGGACAUUGGUGGUAAAGUCUAUCACUUUGGGAUGAGACUGCUUCAGCAAGCCAAUCCAAACGAGGAUGUUUACUCUGGGAGAGGAUGAUAUUGAAUAUCGACUUCGGGUGAGGAUAUCUUCGGGAGGAUUAUGUCAGCUCAGAUGUCGAAUCUGGGAGAGAAUUAUGUCAACUAAGAAUGGAUGAUGUUGACUGGGGGAGGAUGAUGUCAACUCUGGGUAAGGAUGAUGUCAAAUCUGGGAGAUGAUGUCAACUCUGGUAAAGGAGGUUGUUGAUUGGGAAAUGAUGAUGUUUCCUAUUGAUUUUGGGAGAGUAUGAUGUUAACUAUCGGUUUUGGGAGCAGAUGGUGAGUUGUGGUGAUCAGCAAUGUAAUGGUUUGAUCACUAUCACUAUGGUUUUCUUAGUGUGUGUGUUUUCCAGCUCAUGGUGUGGAAUGGGGCUAUGGUCAAACUUUGGGUAUGGCAGGAAAUAGCUUAUGCAGAGUUGCCAGAAAUGCUAACAUCCGGUUUUCAGGGAUACAGUAUUUUCAACCUGACGGAAGUGGGAACUCUGCUCAGGCGUCUUUCAAUGCCUGCAACAUUAGGUUAGGCAGGAAGUGGAGGGGGGGGUGUGUGUGACUGGGAACAGACACUGACAGUCAAGGAGAAUCCACGAGUCCUAUAAAACCCCAGUCCUGCACCCCUACAUCACAACCAGGAAGGACUUUUCAUACAUGGACACACAUACAUAUUACAUACAGGAUUUAUCAGUUGUAUUGUGUUUUUUAAUUCCCUGUACUGUUCUUGUGAAUUUGAAGUGUGAUUGGGGGUUCUCAGUUCAAGAACUGAUUCUCAGUGAUUGAGGCAUUUGUUGCAGAAAGUGGCUGACAGAAGAAUAAAAGAAAAAUGUGUAGAAGGGGGGUUGAUUAUGGUAUGUAUGAUGUGUUUUCUCAUGUUUUACGUGUAUUUACCUCAUCUCAUACCUCUUUUCCCGUGUUAACUGGGAGUGAUUUGUCUGGGAGGAUGGUCCACAAGGAAAUGACUGUGAUGGACCUUUAGUAGUAGUAGACUGUGAUGGAACUUGAGUCACACAUCACCAGUUUUUCAUUCACCACACAUUGAGGCCAGUAGUGGGUUAAGAAUUUUUGGCAGAGAUCAAGGUUCAGAAGAUCCAGUUGAGUGGAAGGGUUUAAGGAGAGGAAGGUACUUCACUGUGGAGCACAUACUUACCUACUAGGUUGUUGUUUUCAUGUACAGUACCUGUGAGGCCUUUUCCCCUCUUAGUUUAACACUUUAUUUGUUGUUCGACUUUGUAUAUGAAAACAAAUUAAUUGCACAAUGGACUUUUCAUUUUCUUUCAAUUUCAUAUGAUGUUGCCACACUGUUAAAUGCCUCUGUUACCGUCAUACCUUGUUUUUGAUCUUGCAGUGUUAUAAAGUAAAGCUGUAUUUACAUCUAGGGAUGUGAAGUUGUAGCGAGAACAAUUUUCAGAUCUCAUAUUUUAGUCCUGAGGGUGAGAUAUAUUUCAGAUGGCACUGAUAUCAUUGUGAGUCUACCCAUAUAUCAUUAAAGUACAAGGGAGACAUUGUUUGCACACAGCCAUCCAGUCAACAGGGAUAUACAGACUGGAGCAAAGCAUUGAGCAUUCUCAGCCAGUAGAGGGCAGUAGGGCAUACAGAGUCCAGGCUAGCCAUUGGUAGGGUGAAUUGGGCUUGAUCAUGCAAAGGCAACCCUGGUCUUGGAAUUGACACGUCUUUAGUAAUAACAUGGUGGGAACCUGUUUAUUCAAAUUGCCUAUCAGUGGUCAUGACGUAAAGGACACCCAAGAGGGAAUGCUGUUUAAAAGUUAAGACUUGAGUUAUUGUCAGCGUCUCUAAUUACACCCUAUUUGGCUCUUGGUCAAAAGUAGUGGACUGUAUGGAUAGUAGGUUGAUAAAAUGGUGUAUAUUUUGAGAUUUCCCAGCCUGAAGUUAGAUUGUAAAAAUAAGGUAGGUAGAUCUGUUCCCCAAUGUAGGCAAUAUUACAUUUAUGGCCACUAUUUCAAUGCACUGGACUGCAAGUGAAUAUAAGGGACAUUUAUAUUGUCUGUUCCUUUAUUGGUCAAGUGAGCAAAGAAAUGAAGAGAGGAUAUCUGUAUUUAAAAUAUAUUGUGUUUGCUGUUGUAAUUUAUAUGGAUGUGACUUCAGUUGUAAAUGUCUUGUUUUAUAGAAGGAAAAUACAAACAGAUUCCCCAAA